AUGGCGCUCCCCCAGGCCCUCGCGUUCGGGCUCCUGCUUACGGCCGCGGUGGCCGCGGCUCAGACAGGCUGUACCUGUGAAAACUAUAAGUUGACUACAAACUGCUUUUUGAAUGAAAAUAAGGAAUGCCAGUGUACAUCCUUUGGUACACAAAAUACUGUCGUUUGCACUAAAUUGGCUUCCAAAUGUUUGGUGAUGAAGGCAGAAAUGAGUCACUCUAAGACUGGGAGAAGACUGAAACCUGAUGAUGCAAUUCAGAACAAUGAUGGGCUAUAUGACCCUGACUGUGAUGAGAAGGGACUCUUCAAAGCCAAGCAAUGCAAUGGUACUGCCACAUGCUGGUGUGUGAAUACUGCUGGGGUCCGGAGAACUGACAAGGAUACCGAAAUAACCUGCUCUGAACGAGUUCGGACCUACUGGAUCAUCAUUGAACUAAAACACAAAGAAAGAGAAAAACCUUACGAUGUUAAAAGUUUGCAGACUGCGCUUCAGGAGGUGAUCACAUCUCGUUACCUACUGGAUUCAAAGUUUAUCACAAAUAUUCUGUAUGAGAAUAAUGUUAUCACUAUUGACCUGAUGCAAAAUUCUUCUCAGAAGACUCAGAAUGAUGUGGACAUAGCUGAUGUGGCUUAUUAUUUUGAAAAAGACAUUAAAGGCGAAUCCUUGUUCCUUUCUAAGAAAAUGGACCUGAGAGUGAAUGGGAAACUAGAACUGGAUCCUGGUGAAACUCAAAUUUACUAUGUUGAUGAAAAAGCACCUGAGUUUUCAAUGAAGGGCCUUACAGCUGGUAUUAUUGCUGUUAUUGUGGUUGUGACAGUAGCGAUUAUUGCUGGAAUUGUUGUGCUGGUUAUUUCUAGAAGGAAGAAAACAACAAAGUAUGAGAAGGCUGAGAUAAAGGAGAUGGGUGAGAUACAUAGAGAGCUCAAUGCAUAACUACUCUGAUU